UAUUGUAUCGAUAAAUUUAUGGUCACACUGCAGCACGUUCUUUUUAGACAAAUUGAUUAAUUUAAUUAAAAAUAAGCAAUGUGGAGCGUGAAAACAAUCACACAGCUAUUCAAGGCGAGUCUGUCAACAGGCAAGUUCGCAGCCAUCAACACAGCCGGCCUCAAGUAUUUUGCUCCUCCAAUCAAAUAUCAAAAUGUUCAGCAGCCAGAACGCCCCAAACUGCGGAUAAUGGAGCGCAUGCCGCAGCUGCCACCUAACCUACGUCCACCCAAAAUGCAGAAGCGCUUGCGCUACAUGCGUGGCCCAGAACUUGUCCACAACACUCUUCUCCACAAGCAGUAUGCGAUCAUAGCCACUGGCGGCGGUCGCCUGCGAUGGGGUCACUAUGAGAUGAUGCGUCUUACCAUCGGUCGGAAGAUGAACGUCCAAACGAUGUUUGCUACGUGGCGAGUGCCCGCCCCCUGGCAACCCAUAACAAAGAAAGGGCAGGGCCAGCGCAUGGGAGGCGGCAAGGGUGCCAUCGAUCAUUAUGUAACGCCCAUUAGGGCAGGUCGUGUCAUCGUCGAAAUAGCCGGAAAAUGCGAGUUUGUCGAGGUAAAGGGAUUCCUGCAGCAAGUCGCCAACCAGCUGCCCUUCCAAGCGACUGUCGUCUCUCAGGCGAUGCUCGACGAGAUGCUGGCCGACGAGGAGCAGCACGCACGCGGAAACCAAAACCCAUUCACCAUGAAAUACGUCAUCCAAAACAAUCUGAAUGGCUGCCAUCGGUGGCUUUCUCCCGUAGAUCACAAGUGGUUUGGCAAGCACUUGUAGAUCGAUUUAACCCUCAUUAACUCUUAUCCCGUUAUGUACCCGCAAUAAACAAACUAUUGGUUGUUAAGUUUU